GAUGGUCAUGUUGUGCUCUCAUUAAAGGGUUGCAGAGCCAAUUAACUGAUUAAUACUGCUAGUAUAAAGUUCUAAAUCUGCUGUAUCGUUAAUAUUUUCGACUUUAAAAAUAGACAAAGCAUUAAUUUCCUUCUGUACUUGUGCAGGAAGUAACAAGGUAAAGAUGAAGCAGUUACUGGUAUUUCUGUGUGGUCUGGUAUGUGUGCUAGCUGAUACCCCAGCAAACUGUACAUAUGAGGACGUCAAAGGAAAAUGGGUGUUCCAGAUAGGGAAGAUGGGCCAUGAUAACACAAUUAACUGUACUGGAUUUCCAUCUGUUUUUAAUCCAGCUGAAAGCAAGAUAGAGGUGUCUUUAUUCUUCCCAGAUCUUGCUGUUGACCAAUUUGGGAAUAAAGGUUUCUGGACAUUGAUUUAUAAUCAGGGAUUUGAAGUUGUUAUAGCUGGUAGGAAAUACUUUGCAUUCUCUAAGUACAAGCAAUCUGGGUCUACAGUAAAGGACAUGUGUGAUCAAACCUUACCAGGAUGGUCACAUGACGUCCUUGGUAGAAACUGGGCAUGCUAUGCUGGUAUGAAACAGGAGGAGAAAAGAAGUGUUAAAGUGAGAAAAACUGGAUUGACAACUUCAUAUGCUGGUAUAAGAUACAGAUCAAAUACAACUUUUGUGACUGAUAUAAAUCGUCAUCAGAGAUCAUGGACUGCAGUUAAAUACCCAGAGUAUGAGAAUAUGGAAAUUGAGGAUAUGAUCAGAAGAGCUGGGGGCAGGAAAUCUAGAAUUACUGAUAUACCAAAACCAGCCCCAGUAUCACCAGAACAUGCUAGAAUUGCAGUUGGUCUCCCGAAAUCAUUUGACUGGAGAAAUGUGAAUGGUGUAAACUUUGUAUCACCAAUCAGAAACCAAGCAUCAUGUGGAAGUUGCUUUGCAUUUAGUGCAAUGGGAAUGAAUGAGGCCAGAUGGAGGGUCAUGUCAAAUAACACUGCCCAGCCAGUGUUCUCACCUCAAGAUAUUGUAGAAUGCAGUGAAUACUCACAGGGCUGUGAGGGAGGCUUUCCAUAUUUAAUUGGUGGUAAAUAUGCUGAAGAUUUUGGUUUAGUAUUGGAAGAAUGUAACCCAUACACAGGUAGCGAUGGCGCUUGCUCUACCAAGAAAGAUUGCCCAAGGAUGUAUUCUACAAAAUACGAGUACAUCGGUGGAUAUUACGGAGCGUGUAAUGAAGCUUUGAUGAGAAUAGAACUUGUGAAGAAUGGACCAAUGGCCGUUGCUUUUGAAGUUUACAAUGAUUUCAUGCAUUAUAAAUCAGGAGUUUACCAUCACACAGGCUUGACUGACCGAUUUAACCCAUUUGAAAUCACAAAUCAUGCCGUGCUAUUGGUCGGUUAUGGUACAGACAUGACCAAUCCAGAAACCCCACAGGAUUAUUGGAUCGUGAAGAACAGCUGGGGCGAGGGAUGGGGCGAGGACGGGUAUUUCCGUAUUCGACGAGGUGUGGACGAGUGUAGUAUUGAGAGCAUUGCUGUGCAAUCAUUCCCAAUUGUCUGAAAAGAAAUAUCUUAUACAAAAAAUACUCGUACAUAAUUUCAAAUAGCUUUGAUUAUGUAAUUCUUUUUCGGAAAUCUAUUAUUUUUACAAAAACGUUUAGUGAAAUUUCAAAACUAUUUUUGGAUCAGCAAUUUUGAUGAAAGUUUGUCUGUGUUGAAGUGUCGGACAUUCCAGAUAUAUAAUUCUGUAACAGGAUAUUUGAUAAAUCCAUCCAGAUGAAAACCGGCUGAAGCCAAAAAAUAUGCAUAUAGAUCCCAUUGGCUUAAAUUGAGCAAAUCUUUACAUUUUCAUAUUUUUACACUGUAUUUAUCAUGUGUUUAAGUGCCAUUGUCAGACAUAAAUAAUAUUUUGUGUUGUUUAUUUUUCUUAAAGGUUGAUCAAUUUUAUAUGCUUAAAAAGUGCUAUCUAUAUUUGAUUACUUAAAACUGUCAGUUUGUUUAUAAGUUGUACUGAUGUUUGUUCUUGUGAUAAAUGAUUUUUUAAACAAUCAUCUUUCAUAUAAAAAAUUAUUUUUGUAAAAUAAAAAUUUAUCUUCCUCUUA